AUGACCGUCCCGGGGCACUCUGUACCAGCAGCCACGGACCCGCUCUCUCUUCACAGGACCACCCACGUCCCAACCCAGACUCCACUCCAAGCGCAAAGCACGAACGGCGUGGGGCAAAAGUGGCAGCGCAACCUAUCCAGCAUCACCGACGGGGAGGCAAAGCCGAUGGGUCGCACCACCAACACCAUCGCCACAACUGUCUCUACUGUCCACAGCUGGCGCGAGUUCGCCCAGAGAAACUCGAGGGAGCCGCUGCCGCCGAUGAGACACGCCCACGCGGAAGACGAAUGCAUGAUCAAGGCGUUCGACAACAAGAAUUUGCGGGGUGGCGCGGUACAGAGCGCAAGGAAGGAGCUGUGUGCGGGUUCGACAUCAGAUUGGAAGAUUGCCGCCCCGAAGGAGCUGUUCCCAGUUCUGCAGCCGGAGGUCUCGGCUCCCAGAGAGCUAUUCCCAGUCUUGCAGCCGGGGGUCUCGGCUCCCAGAGAGCUCUUCCCAGAUGCAAGACAGAGCCCUGUAGAGCCAAAGGGGUUUGAUGAGCCAGAGCAAGUACGCAAGAGGAAGAGCAAGGAAUUAUUCAUGUAUCUUGUAGUUGAAAAGGAUGACGAGACUGAGCACCAGUCAAAGAGAUCGAAUCCCGCCCGUCUACGAUCAAAUACUGCGCCAGCGCAGCUACCUCCCCCAACCUCACCUACUGGUCCAGUCCUUGCUAGAAUCUCCCCACCAAAAUUUCCCGUGGCACCCGUGACUAUCUCGAUCCAGGCGUGCUCACAACCCUUUAGAGCAGAAUCAACGAGUCCGACAACGACGCAACCCGAAUCAAGCAGCCCGGCCAGACCAGACGCUAUCUCAGCCCCAGCUCAGCCAGAACUUAAGUCAAAGGACGCCUCCAACAUCGUCCACUCCGAGCCAAGCACGCCAGUUCCAACCCCGACACCGCCAGAGCGAGCAAGCACCCUACGCUCUCGUCCAGAAACCAGCGAUCAGGUGGCCAGACGAUUCAUUUGCGCGGGUCUGGGAAUGCGACUGCCAAAGAGAUCGCAGGAUGAGAUUGAGAAGCAAAAAGAGAGUAUGGAGCUGAGGCGCAAGCAGAGGGAGGACAGAGAGCGAAAUGGUAGUGUGCAGGCAUGGAAUACCCUGAGGAAGGUAGAGGCGCCGAAACCAACGUGUAAUAGAGUUGAGGCGAGAUAG